AUGCAACAGAGUAAAGAGAAAAAACUGAGACUCUGCUUGGAACUUCUGGGCUGCAAGAAGACCAAAACCACACUGGGGCAGAUCAGAUCAGUCAGAACCUCAAACCUUUGCCCAAAGGGAGAAGAUUUCUCGACUGCCAUCCUGAAGCAGAAACACAGACCAAACAGACUCAUUGUGGACGAAGCUAUCAAUGAAGACAGCAGCAUUGUCAGCCUAUCACAGAACAAGACAGAGGAGCUGCAGCUCUUCCGGGGGGACACAGUGGUGUUGAGGGGUCGGAAGCGCCGCCAGACAGUGUGCAUCGUCCUGACUGAUGCCACCUGCGGAGAUGAACGGAUCCGCAUGAACCGUGUGACCCGCAAUAACCUGCGUGUCCGCCUUGGUGACGUCAUCAGUAUUCAUGCCUGCCCUGAUAUCAAGUAUGGAAAGAGGAUCCAUAUCCUCCCCAUAGAUGACACCAUUGAGGGCCUGACAGGGAACCUCUUUGAGGUUUUCCUCAAGCCAUACUUUCUGGAGGCUUACCGCCCCGUACAUCAAGGGGACGUCUUCCUGGUGAGGGGGAGCAUGCGGGCUGUGGAGUUCAAGGUGGUGGAGACAGACCCGAGCCCUUACUGUAUCGUUGCCCCUGACACCGUCAUGUACUGUGAGGGAGAGCCAAUCAAAAGAGAGGAUGAGGAGGAGAGUCUUAAUGACAUUGGCUAUGACGACAUCGGAGGUUGUCGAAAGCAGCUUGCCCAGAUUAAAGAGAUGGUGGAGCUUCCUCUCAGACACCCCGGCCUUUUUAAGACGAUAGGAGUUAAGCCCCCCAGAGGUAUCCUGCUGUACGGCCCUGCAGGCACAGGGAAGACCCUGGUUGCGCGAGCCGUAGCCAAUGAAACCGGCGCCUUCUUCUUCCUCAUCAAUGGUCCUGAGAUCAUGAGUAAGCUGGCUGGAGAGUCAGAGAGCAACCUGAGAAAGGCCUUUGAGGAAGCAGAGAAAAACGCUCCAGCCAUCAUCUUUAUUGAUGAGCUGGAUGCCAUCGCCCCCAAGAGAGAGAAGACCCAUGGAGAAGUGGAGAGGCGUAUAGUGUCCCAGCUCCUGACCCUGAUGGAUGGCCUGAAGCAAAGAGCUCAUGUGGUUGUCAUGGCAGCAACAAACCGACCUAAUAGUGUGGAUACUGCUCUGAGACGCUUUGGCAGAUUUGACCGUGAGAUCGACAUUGGAAUCCCAGAUUCAACUGGCAGACUGGAGAUCCUGCAGAUCCACACCAAAAACAUGAAACUGGCUGAUGAUGUCGAUUUGGAGAGGAUCGGCACAGAGACUCACGGCCAUGUGGGCGCCGACCUGGCUGCUCUGUGCUCAGAAGCUGCUCUGCAAGCCAUCCGCAAGAAGAUGACACUCAUAGACCUGGAGGACGAUACCAUCGAUGCCGACCUGCUCAACUCACUAGCUGUCACCAUGGACGACUUCGAGUGGGCUCUGAGUCAGAGCAACCCAUCAGCUUUGAGAGAAACUGUUGCAGAGGUACCUCAUGUCAACUGGGAAGACAUCGGAGGACUGGACGAUGUCAAGAGAGAACUUCAAGAACUGGUUCAGUACCCAGUUGAGUAUCCGGACAAGUUCCUAAAGUUUGGGAUGACCCCAUCUCGGGGAGUGUUGUUCUAUGGUCCCCCAGGCUGUGGGAAAACCCUUCUGGCUAAGGCCAUUGCCAAUGAGUGCCAGGCUAACUUUGUCUCCAUCAAAGGACCUGAGAUGCUCACCAUGUGGUUUGGAGAAUCAGAGGCCAAUGUCAGAGACGUCUUUGAUAAGGCCAGGCAAGCAGCCCCCUGCAUCUUGUUUUUCGACGAGUUGGACUCCAUUGCCAAAUCCAGAGGGGGCGGUGGCGGGGAUGCAGGUGGCGCAGCUGACAGAGUCAUCAACCAGAUACUCACAGAGAUGGAUGGCAUGUCCGACAAAAAGAAUGUUUUCAUCAUAGGCGCCACGAACAGACCAGACAUCAUAGACGCAGCCAUCCUGAGGCCGGGCCGUUUAGAUCAGCUCAUCUACAUCCCGCUCCCAGACAAACGCUCUCGCAGCGCCAUCCUACGCGCCAACCUCCGCAAGUCCCCUAUUGCCCGAGACGUGGACCUUGAAUACCUGUCUGGUAUCACUGAGGGUUUCUCUGGAGCCGACCUGACAGAGAUCUGCCAGCGGGCUUGUAAGCUGGCCAUCCGUGAGGCCAUCGAGGCCGAGAUCAAAGCUGAACGUCAGAGGCAGAGCAGACCGGGCAUCCCCAUGGAUGAGGACUUCGAUCCAGUCCCAGAGAUCAGGAAGGACCACUUUGAAGAGGCAAUGCGAUUUGCUCGUCGCUCUGUUAGUGACAAUGACAUCCGUAAAUAUGAGAUGUUUGCUCAAACUCUGCAACAGAGCCGAGGUUUUGGGAACUUCAGGUUCCCCUCAGCUACUAGUUCACAGUCUGGGAGUCAAGGAUCAGGUUCUGGGUCAGGGAGGCCAGGCUUGUACAGAGAGGAAGGCGAGGAUGACCUUUAUCAGUGAAAAAAACUCAUAAUUUAAUGGAGCAAUUUAAAAAAAGUGUCAACCAUAAUAACAUCAAAGCACUAGGAUUGUACACACUGUAUUCUGUCUGCACUUUGAAAACAAUGUAAGUUGUGUGUAUGUGUGAAUUUAAAAUGUAAUAAAUAUAUUUGUAUGGCUUUAUGAUCACUCUGCUGAGGUUUAACUUGGAAUACUGACUGUGUUGUUUUUUCACAUGUAUCACUUAAGAAUACAGGUUUAGAGUACAGCUAGUAAAGGGUUUCUGUUUAGUAUCUAAAAGGUUCAAUUCACACAAAUAGUGCUAAAUGGUACCUAGUAAUGUACAAAGCCUCAGUUUUAGGCUUGAAGUAUCAUUUCACAGUUAAAUUAAAUCUAAAAUGAGCGUUCAGGCCCUCAAAGCAUCAAAAAAAGAUUUUACCUGAGAAUUUGAAAAGAAAGUAGACAUUAAAAAAACAACACAAUGAAUCCGAGGCCUUCAGGAUCUCUGGGGGUCUGGAGCUCUUAAUAUAUUUUUGUCAUGUUAUUUAUGAGAUUUAGUAAUGUUGAAUCAUGUGUAGUAAUGUUGAAUUGUUUGCUCUAGGACAAUAAAGUCUUAUCUU